AUCAUAUAUGUUAUUCCCAGCUUAAGUAAAGUUGCAUAGCGUAGGUGCAAAAUGACCAGAGUAAGGUUGCAUGCAGUCUUCGCUUGUCUAAUAAUAGUGCUUUCUUCCCCUUAUCCAUGGCUUGUAGUCUCUCAAUCAACGGUUCGAUCUCUACCUGGUUUUCCUGGCCCUCUCCCCUUCCAUCUAGAAACCGGGUACAUCGGUGUGGGAGAAUUGGAUGAAAACCAGCUGUUUUACUACUUUGUGGAGUCCGAAAAGAACCCAAAAGAGGACCCUCUUGUUGUGUGGCUCACUGGCGGCCCUGGUUGCUCUGCAUGGAGUGGUCUUGUCUUUGAAAUAGGUCCUCUGUAUUUUCCAAGAGUCAGAUAUGAUGGGUCUCUUCCAACUUUGAAGUUGAGACAACACUCAUGGACAAAGGUUUCCAGCAUCAUCUUCGUGGAUUCACCUGUUUGGACUGGAUUUUCAUAUUCAAGUGGCUCAAAAGAUAAUAUAAUUGGAGAUGUAAAAGCAUCCAAGGAACUCUACCAAUUUCUAAGGAAGUGGUUAAUUGGUCACCCACAAUUCCUUUCGAAUCCUCUAUAUAUCGGAGGUGACUCAUAUUCUGGCAUAAUUCUUCCAAUUUUUGUCCAGGAAAUAGCAAAUGGUAUUGAAGCUGGCCAGGAACCAACCCUCAAUCUCAAGGGUUAUUUCCUCGGUAACCCUGUGACGGAUAAAAGAUAUGAUAGCAAUUCAGUGAUACCAUACGCCCAUGGGAUGGGUCUCGUAUCGGACGAACUCUAUGAGUCAGCUAAGAAAAGUUGUGAAGGAGAUUACAUAAAUCCAAGAAGUCCUAAAUGUGCAAAGGAUCUUGAGGCAGUGGAUGAGUGCACUUCAAGACUACAUAAAGGCCACUUUUUAGAGCCCGAAUGCCCCAGGGCAUCCCCAAGGCCAAACAAUAUGGUGAGCCACAGAAGAUCUCUACCGGAGAAAUCUGAAGAGCUGCUUCUCCCAGAUCCUAAACCCCAAUUUGGGUGUAGGGAAUAUGCAUAUUUGCUAUCCGAUUAUUGGGCUAAUGAUGAUAGUGUUAGAAAGGCACUCCACAUCCGUAAGGGAACAACCAGAGAAUGGAAAAGAUGCAACUAUGACAUACCUUAUGAGAAGAGUGUCAAAAGUACCAUAAAAUACCAUCUCAAUUUGACCACUCGAGGCUAUCUAGCUCUGAUAUACAGCGGUGAUCAUGACCUACUAGUGCCAUUUUUGGGCACACAAGCAUGGAUUCGAUCUCUUAAUUUCUCCAUUGUCGAUGAGUGGCGACCAUGGUUCGUGGAUGGACAAGUUGCCGGGGAGCGGGCCACACAGGUCCAGAGUACAAACCCAAGGAAGGCCUUGCAAUGCUCCAACGGUGGAUUUCUCGUCAGCCUCUAUGAUCACCUACGAUUUCGGAGCUUCAAUCCACAUGCUUUCCCUGCAUGGCUCGCCAAAUGCUCCAUUGUGCUUGUUAAGAGAGUGGCUCCAUCUGUGGCAUCUUCUAAUAGUUAAAAUACUAAAUUUAUGCAGAAUAAGUUAGUAUUAAUCACCCAUGUAAUGCUCAUGGUGAUAAAGUGUGAUUAUUACCAAUUGAAGUCACAUAAUUAUUCAGGCUAUAUUUGGAUGUAAAGAUCAUUGCUAUGUAAUAAAUAAAGUGAAAUGUCCAAUAUUUAACUGGACCAACUUUAUUUAGGCUAUGUUUGAAUAGAAUACUUGGGGAGAUCUAUAAAUUCA